AUGAAAUUGGGUUCCACCAUGAAGAACUUGAAGAUUCUAAGAUGUUGUCUACUCGAGUGUCUUCGCAAUCACCACCUUGUUGCUAUAGCUGAUGCUUUACCAUGGCUUGAAGAGCUCGAUAUCCAGUUUUCCUGCUAUUAUUGGAGCCCUGGGCGGGAUUCAAAUUCUAGAAGCGCAAAGUACAUGGCAACUGACGCUGGGAUCGAGGCAUUGUCGCGUAAGCUUCGAGGGUUGCGUAAAAUUGAUAUAACAGGGCAGGUUGGUUGUUCUGAUCGAUCUCUCAUUGCAUUGUCUUCAAAUUGUGUGCUUUUGAAUGAAAUUCGUUGUUGUUCAUGCAAAGUAACUGAACAUGGCAUUUGUUUUGUACUACGCCAUAGUCGAAACUUGAUUUGUUUCAAAGCGGGACGCUAUUACAGUUCACCAGAUGUUUCGUUCACUUUUGAGAAUUCCAUGAUUUAUGCAACAUCUUUACGUGAUCUUGAGUUAGACCCACAUGGAAAUCAAGACCGACUAAUUUGUUCCAUUGUAGCAGCAGGCAUUCAAUUAGAGAAGAUCAUAUUGUACAAUGAUUCUGGUUUGAGCUUACAUAGACUCUCUACUUUCUUUUGCGCAUGCCCAUCUUUGACACACUUGAUGCUUUGUUCCAUAGAUAUCCUCACCGACAAUUCCACGAGGGAUUUAUGUCGAUAUCUUCCUAAUCUUGUGUCCAUAAAGUUUGACCAGUGUUCAAACUUAACCACUGCAAUCUUCUUAAUCCUUGCAAAAGAAUGUCCUGUGCUUUCAGAGAUUGAAAUGCCACAUAUAAAUCUACAAGUUGAAGAUAAUUUUGAUAUGGAUUUGGAAAGGAAUCAUCAAAUUAGAUCCUUGGAUUUGAGUUGUGCUUGUGUGAAUAAUGAAUUCUUGAAAAAAAUAGGGGUUGUUUGCCCCAACUUACAGACUCUCACUGUUACAGGACUUUGCACAUUGACAGAAGGCAUUGAGGAAAUUUUGAAGUGCUGCUCGCAGAUUAAGCAUUUGACAGUGGACAGAACUAGAGAAAUAGUCAUCUUAUUGGAACAGUUCAAAACUCGCAGCAUUAAAAUUGAACAUCUUUUGGAACUAGAGGAGGUCAAUGACUGA